GAUCUUAUGAGAUGGGGAGCGCGAAUUAAGUGGGAGGUGCUCGACGAUAAAGUGUGGGGCGCUAGCUGAAAAAUAAAUUGAUGGAAGCGUAAUGUUUUGGUUCUGCUUGCUCAGAAAAAUUUCCAGUGGUGGAGUGGCAAAGCCUUUUUAUGGUGGGAUUUGCUUCCCCAUGUCCUCCCGCGUAUGUACGCAACCACUGCAUUUGAUCAUAAUAGGCCUAUCGCAACUUCUUUUGCACACAGACAUUCAUGGCCUAUCACAGUCGGAAACGGGGUCCGGAGGGCAUGCCCCACGCGAUAUUUUUUAAAUUUUUUGGACGCCCAAAAAUAACCUCUGCGGCGUUUCUCGGCGAUCGAUUUUUAUCUUUUUCUUUCUUUUUUUCUAUCUUUCUUUCUUUCUUUCCUUUUUAUUUAUUUUAUUUUUUUUAUUUUUUUGCUUAUACUUUCCAAAAGAGUUGUAUAAGUUAGCUAGUUCAGUUUUAUACUCUUUUGUUAUAGUUGUGUAUAGUCGUGGACGAUGAUGGCAGCAGACACGCAACUUUUAUCCAAUCAAUUUUUGCAGACCACAACCUAAGAAGAGAGGACGAUUCUCAAUAAAAGGCUUAAUUUUUCAGCCAGAAAUGCAAAAUAAUUGUGGUAAACCAGCAUUCUUACCCAUAUUCAAUAGGAAUAAACGUCCGAGACAAGCCUUACUAGCACAUCCAAACAAUACAACAGGCAUUGGUGAUUCAGUUCAGAAAUGUAAAUCGUCUACUGGACAACACACUCUCAAAUAUCAGCAACCUGUGCAACAACCACCAAUACGGAAUGAAUCACCGAGCAUGGGUAGCCAAGGAAACAGGAGUUACCAAGGAAAUGCAAGUUACCAAGGAAAUGCUGUUCACAAAAGAAAUGCAAGUUACCAAGGAAAUGGUGGUUACCACGGAAAUACAGGUAACCAAGGAAAUGCUGGGUACCAAGGAAAUGUAGGUCCCUAUGGAAAUAGAAAUGUGUCCGGAAAUGCAGGUCUAAACUACUCCCAGUCUAACCAAAAACAGUUCACAAUAAAAACAGAAAAACAAACUUCUGGUAAAAAGUCGAAUCCAGGCAGACUUCGACAGCAACAAUUACAAACAAGUGGUGUGAAUCCAGGUGGAGUAAAAACAGGUGGACCCGGUAGAGGAGGAUGGAUGUCAGGUAGCUCAACAAAACAAUAUCAGGCAACAUUUCAGCAGCAGAAACAGGAUCCAAGAUAUUCUAGUCAAGAGCUGUCCAGAGAUUCUGCACACAGGGCUAGCAAUGUUCCCAAACAGAGAGGACUAAACACCUCAGUUGCCAAGACGGACAGCCAGUGGCAGAUGAGUGGAACAGUAUCCUCCCAGCAGAUACCUCAAUCUACUGUAUCAUCAAUGAGGUAUGAUAAUACAAUGGAGCAAUACAACAAUCAACGACAAACAAGAGCGAAACCAGCGAAGCUUGCUGUAACGAAGACAAAUGAAAGGAUGAAGAUGGGAAACGAGCACCUGGUGAAGGAGACAUUACGAUUCAUCACUGCCUCCAUUCAGAGCGUCAGGCACUGGUCCAAAUACAAACAACAAUUUCAACUCAUAUUUGAGAUUUAUGCCCAAUUAGAUUCAGCUAUUUCCACUGAUGCAUCCAGAAAUGCUAAAAUCUUCUCUCUAAAGGAUAGCAAUGCCACAGUCAAGUGUAUCUUCUAUGAAACAGAUCGUUCCUUGCCGAGAUUUACCCGUGGACACUGGCUGCGAUGCGUUGGCACCUUGGACGCGACUCACAACACCUUUCAUUGUGUGCAAGUGCGGCGAGCAACUCAAGAUGAGCAACAAUUGAUGGCGGUCAGAAUGUCAGCAGUGACCAAUGCUUUGAGAGACGUACUGUCAUCGGUUGAACAGUAGAUGAAUUGUAAAAUGACAUCAUAAUGCCCAUAUAUAGACAAAUCACAGAUAUUUACCACAUAAAUCUAGACAGUGUAAACAGAACUUUAAGCUUAGUCAACACUAUCAAAUUUUAUGUGAAUUUGUAUGAUGUCAUAUUACACACAAUUGUGGGCAUUUCACAUUUUUUUGUCACAGAAAAUGUUAUAGUGCGGACAAAGCCUUACGAGUGUAUCAAAUGCAAGCUUUAUAGGAACCAACUUUUCAUGUUUUAUCUAUGCAGAAAAAUUGACAUCCUCAAUUGCUUCAUUAUUUCAGGGUAACCUGUUUGGAAAAUGUUUUAUCACUUUUUAAUUAAGCACUAGUUUGUAUAAUUAUACAACCAAUUAUUACUACGCUUGUGUUUGUAUAUGACUAUUUAAUUAAACUAUAUAUAUAUUUAUCUGUUGAAGUGAGCUCAGAUUUAAAAACAAAAAGCAAUAGUUUAAAACUUAAGGAAGUGCAAUGAUAUCUAUAUGUAGUGCAAUCUUGAUAAAUAUAUUUAUUAUAUAAUAGUUGUGAUUGUAGUUAUAUAAAUGUUAUAUGGAUUACUCUACU